GUUAAAUAGAGAGCCUGAUCGACUCCAAAACGAAAAAGUUUCUUUUUUCUUUUGUUCUUUCUCUUUAAAAAAAGACUUUUAUAUUGCUACAGCUACAACAACAACUACUUUAGUAACAACACACCAAAUAGCAACAACUAUCGAUGCUCGCAUUUCUCGCUACGUUCUUUGAUUUCGCUGCACUUGUCCUUCAAAUAUUCACGUUGCUAGGCAGCACCUACAAUCGCGAAUUCCUACGCGAUCUAUAUUUUGCACGUCUUGAAUUCGAUAACCAAUUUGUUGAUUUUGGCUUAUGGACGUAUUGCUCGGGACAAAAUGGCGAAGUAAGCGAUUGUAGCAACCCAGAACCUGCCUUUGACUGGACCACGGCAGGCGAAGAAGAUGCGCGAUACUCAGCAAUUCGCGAAGCCAUCAACCUUGACGGCCUUCACCAAGUAUUUCUCGCCAACUUUAUCUUGUACUGGAUUGCUCUCGGCCUUACGUUAUUUGCAAUGAUCAUCACUUUCGUAAGCGGCUUCCGUCGUGGUAGCGACUUUUUGGCAUCAUUCCUGACCUUUGUCGCUGCUCUCGUCAUGAUUGUUGUGUUUAUUAUUUUAAUGGUUGUCUCGAUGCGGGGAAUCAACAACGCAAAGGAUGCUGGUGUGGAUGCUACAGGUCACCUGGGUCCAUCCAUGUGGAUGACGCUCGGUGCUAUGAUCGCUCUCUUGCUUUCAUCGUUCUGGUAUUGUUUGACCUGCUGCUUCGGCUCUGGUCGACGAAUUCAAAACGAAGAAAAGGCUUAAAACAUAAAUUACUGUUAUACCAUAUCCAUCAUUUACAGAACAGCAACAGCUCUCUACUGCCCGUUUUGCGCAAAUGUUCUCUCAAACACACACAGCACCCCUUUAUUGUUUCAUACACACAUUUAUAGUAUAUAUCUAUACUUUCAUAUCUCUAUCAUACAUUCGCGGCAAAUGUAAAUUCUAUUAAUUCAUAGUAUGUCCCUUCUUCAUUGUAUUAAAUACUUUAAUGCGGAGUCUUCUCCAAAACAUAUAAAACAGUAAAAAAAGA